UUUCUGUUUGUUUCAGACUUCCAGCACUGGCUUCUUUUUGAUCCCUGCAUCCUCAUUUUGAGAAUUCUCUGUUGACUCUGGCAGCUGCGUGGUGGGGCAGAGUUUUAUAGGACGCCUGUUCCUGAAACAGGCUCAGCUGACAGAGGGCCACCCUGUCCAGGACUUCUGUCUGCCUUGGAGGAAAUCACCGCCUCCUCCUCAUGCUAAACAGAACUGUUGGAAUGCUACUUGCAAGUCCCAGAGCCACAAUUUGGCAGGGCUUGAUACACUGUAUCCAUCUUCCUGCUAAGGGAUGAGUAUCCACUUAAUCAUUUAUCAGGCUCUUUUGAAGGUUUGGGAAUUGGUUUUUGAAGCCAGAAGUUGAAUCAAGAUUUCAGGGAUGGGGAAGGGAAGAUCUUCCUGUCAGCCUAAGAAUUUGUACCCCAAGGAUGGUUUUCCUCCUGUUUCCCUUCUCUGGUCCCUUUCCCCCGCUGUACAUAAUACUGUACUUAGUAGAGUCUGCUGGCUAGAUUGGUGGGGAGAGAACCAUUCUAGCUUCUUCAGACCUCGAGCCAUAUUUGGCAGCUGGUCUUUGAAACUAGUUAAACCUACCUAGAUUUAGGGUCUUUGACUGCUAUGUGACCUUUUUCUUUCCUUCUGAUAACCUGUGGAUCUAUUUUUCUGAGCACAGAUCCUGACCAGCAGUUAGUGUCUUGUAAUCUUUUCUUUGCAAUCCAUUGGCAUUUUAGGUUUCCAGACUUUUUAAAGAGCCUCCUUUGCUGAUGAUAAGCCGUUCCAUUACAGCUUAUAGAAAGUGUUGAAUGUCGAGAUAUAUUUCAGCUUCAUUUGACUUGCAAAGACUGCAAAGUUAUCAGGUGUCAGUUCUCAACAUUUGAACAAUGUCAAGAUUGGCUCAAGAGGCUGAACAAUGCAAUUCGACCACCUGCUAAAAUAGAAGAUCUCUUUUCGUUUGCAUAUCACGCUUGGUGCAUGGAGGUGUACGCCAGUGAAAAAGAACAACAUGGAGACCUGUGCAGACCAGGAGAGCAUGUAACGUCAAGGUUUAAGAAUGAAGUGGAGCGGAUGGGUUUUGAUAUGAACAAUGCCUGGAGGAUUUCCAACAUCAAUGAGAAAUACAAGUUAUGUGGUAGUUAUCCACAAGAGCUCAUAGUGCCUGCCUGGAUCACUGACAAAGAACUAGAAAGUGUAGCAAGCUUCAGGUCAUGGAAGCGCAUCCCUGCUGUCGUCUACAGACACCAGAACAAUGGAGCUGUUAUUGCCCGCUGUGGACAGCCAGAGGUCAGCUGGUGGGGCUGGCGAAAUGCAGAUGAUGAACACCUGGUACAGUCAGUAGCCAAAGCAUGUGCUUCUGACUCCCGAUCAAGUGGCAGCAAACUGUCAGCUAGAAACAGUUCUCGGGACUUUCCCAGUGCGGGAGACCUUUCUGAUGUGGAAUUUGAUUCUUCUCUAUCAAAUGCUUCAGGAGCAGAGAGCUUAUCUAUCCAGCCACAGAAACUUUUGAUCUUGGAUGCACGCUCCUAUGCAGCAGCUGUAGCAAACAGAGCCAAAGGAGGAGGCUGCGAAUGCCCAGAGUAUUACCCGAACUGUGAAGUUGUUUUUAUGGGAAUGGCAAACAUUCAUUCUAUUCGGAGGAGUUUUCAGUCUCUGCGAUUGCUGUGUACACAGAUGCCAGAUCCGGGAAAUUGGCUUUCAGCUCUUGAAAGUACAAAAUGGCUCCAUCAUCUGUCUGUUCUUCUGAAAUCAGCACUUUUGGUGGUGCAUGCUGUGAAUCGUGAUCAGCGGCCAGUGUUAGUACAUUGUUCAGAUGGCUGGGACCGAACCCCCCAGAUUGUGGCGUUGUCUAAGCUCCUACUAGACCCUUAUUACCGAACCAUAGAGGGUUUCCAGGUCCUUGUGGAGAUGGAGUGGCUGGAUUUUGGUCAUAAGUUUGCUGACCGGUGUGGUCAUGGGGAGAACUCGGACGAUCUAAAUGAGCGUUGCCCAGUGUUUCUGCAGUGGCUUGACUGCGUUCAUCAGCUUCAGAGGCAAUUUCCUUGCUCUUUUGAGUUCAAUGAAGCAUUCCUUGUGAAACUGGUGCAGCAUACCUAUUCCUGCCUCUUUGGAACAUUCCUGUGCAACAACGCCAAGGAGAGAGGAGAAAAGCAUACUCAGGAGCGGACGUGUUCUGUUUGGUCACUCCUUCGGGCAGGCAAUAAGGCUUUCAAAAACCUACUGUAUUCCUCUCAAUCAGAAGCCGUGCUGUACCCUGUGUGCCAUGUGCGUAACCUGAUGCUGUGGAAUGCAGUGUACCUGCCCUGUCCAUCCCCAUCUACUCCUGUGGAUGACAGUUGUGCACCAUACCCAGCCCCAGGCACUAGCCCUGAUGAUCCUCCCCUGAGCCGGCUACCAAAGACUAGAUCAUUUGACAAUCUGACCACAGCCUGUGACAGCACAGUGCCUCUAGCCAGCCGCCGCAGCAGCGACCCCAGCCUGAAUGAGAAGUGGCAGGAACAUAGACGUUCACUGGAGCUGAGCAGCCUAGCUGGACCUGGAGAGGAGCCUCCUGCUGCUGCUGACACCUUGGGGAAGCCCAGCAGGGUUCCAGGGGGUGCUGAGCUGUCUGUGGCAGCUGGAGUGGCCGAAGGACAAAUGGAGAACAUUUUGCAAGAGGCCACGAAAGAGGAGAGUGGAGUGGAGGAGCCUGCCCAUAGGGGCAGUGUCAAGAUUCCAGAGGUCAAAGAGGAGGCACCCUUAGUGAAGGAGAGUAGGAUGACCAUGGCUGAGGGCUCAGCCAUUGUAUUUUACCAAGAACCAGAGCUGGAUGAUGCUAUUUUGAGGAGCCACCUAGAUACCGCCCUGUCUCUGUUCUCACAGGAUAUUCCUGAGAAGCAGGAUGGGCACAAUGUUCCCAGUUCACUCCAGGCUCCCCCCAGGGGAGAGGAUAUCCAGGAGGUCUCUGUGGAGCAGUCGCACAUAGGGAGUAUCACAGAGGAUGGAGAGGAUGUAAUUCCGCACAUCCCAGUAGAUGUUAAAGUUGGCUAUGGUACCUCAUUGUCUAGUUCUCUACUACCUUCCCAAGUCCCAUUUGAGACCAGAGGACCAAACAUGAACAAUCCCAUGAACAUGUUAAUAGAAGAUAAGGUGAAGUCAGAAAGUGAGCCCCAAGUCCAUCAUAGACCUUGCCCUGUAAUCAGUGGCAGGUUCAGUGGCAAGGACAUGCUUUCCCCAGUGCUGGAGACCAGGCCUGUGGAGAGGACCCUAGCUGAGAGGCUCCAGGGGUUGUCUGUGGUACAGAGGACUUACCCUGGCAGCACUGUCAGCCCAACACGGCCUCCUUGUGCCUUGGUGUUAGCUGAAUGUAAAGAGGGGCUUGUGUGCAAUGGUGCCCCAGAGACUGAAAACAAGGCCUCAGAGCAGCCCCCAGUGCUUGGCACCCUUCAGAAGUACCCCACACCCAAUGGGCACUAUGCCAAUGGGGAGGCUGGGAGGAGCAAGGACUCGCUGAGCUGCCAGCUGUCUGCCACAAGCUGUGGCUCUGCCCACUUACACUCCAGGAACUUGCACCACAAGUGGCUGCACAGCCACUCAGGGAAACCAUCUGCAACUAGCAGCCCUGACCAGCCUUCCCGCAGCCACCUGGACGAUGAUGGCAUGCCUGUAUACACAGACACAAUCCAACAGCGCCUGCGUCAGAUUGAGUCAGGACACCAGCAGGAAGUGGAGACCUUGAAGAAACAAGUGCAGGAGCUGAAGAGUCGCCUGGAGAGCCAGUACCUGACUAGCUCCCUGCGCUUCAAUGGGGACUUUGGAGAUGAAGUGACUUCAAUACCUGACUCGGAAAGCAAUCUGGAUCAGAACUGUUUGUCUCGCUGCAGCACAGAGAUUUUCUCUGAAGCCAGCUGGGAGCAGGUGGAUAAACAGGACACAGAGAUGACCCGUUGGCUCCCUGACCACCUGGCUGCCCACUGCUAUGCAUGUGACAGUGCCUUCUGGCUCGCCAGCAGGAAGCACCACUGCAGGAACACCGUCUUGCACCCCAAGCCCAGAUGUCUUUGGUUGGCUUCUUCUCUGAGCUCUUUCUCCCCUCCUUGCAGGGACACUGACCGUGUUGAUCAAACGUGGAAUUGUGGGAAUGUAUUCUGCUCCAGUUGUUGUAACCAGAAGGUUCCAGUUCCUAGCCAGCAGCUCUUUGAACCCAGUCGAGUGUGCAAGGCUUGCUAUAGCAGCCUACAUCCCACGAGCUCCAGCAUUGACCUUGAACUGGAUAAGCCCAUUGCUGCCACUUCAAACUGAAGCUCAGUGACCUGGGGUGAGCAGAGGCCAAGCUGCUGUUCCUCUGACAGGCCCACGCAGCCUGGGAAGACUGAGAGGCCCGUGCAUUUUGGAAUGGGGCCUGGAACCACCUGUACAGAGUGACAGAAAUUGGGAUGUACCACUGGAUUGUAGAUUGAUUUUUCUUUCAACCCCUCUUCCCUUUUCUAUCCUGCCUCUGCCUUCAAAAAAGAAAAGGUCCCUAGGUUGUCUUAAUUUUUUUUUUUUUUUUUUUAAUGAAAGACCAGAGGUUGCCAGGCCCCCUGUAACUGCUGAGCUGCCUUCUGUCAGGCACACUGAGGGAUGGCAUGAUGCUUCUUGGUGGAGGAGACUGGUCAGAACUAGGAGUAGAGGCCUGAGACAGUGAACAGGAAAGAAAGCCAGUACUAAUAUUUGUGACCAUUCUCACACCACCGCCACAUCAGACUGGUUGGGAAACCUUUGCUGCUGUAGAGGCUGGAAGCAUCUUCCCAAGAACACUGCCCCUGAUGCCUCUCCCUCCUGAGAGAGGCUGGGCUCAUCCUUUCUCACAGAUACACAGGAUUGGCAUUUCGAGGGAGCAGCAUAUAGUGCAUGGAACCCCCAAACUCAUGUUGGGAAGGAAGGUGUGUGCUUUUUGAGGCACGUGAGAGGGGCUCGGGAUGGGUGGUCAGCAUGUUGUUCCCCAUGGGAUUCUGUUUUUAACUUGACCCAGAUUGUCUAGGACUCCCUUCACUUUCAGGGGGCUGUUCCCUGGAUAGGCUGGGUAGUGCUUCCUCAGUCAUGAGUGCAGUCUGGCCACAAUGUGGUGUCUUGCUGCUAUGGCCAAGGCCUCCCCUGAGCCCAGGCAUACCCAAGAGCCUCAUUCCAGGGCCUGAUCCCUGAAACAAUCUCUCUUCCUCAGCCAGCACAGGGAAAUCCAGACUCAGGGUUCCAAAAAUUCCUAUUCCCAAACCAAACAAAUCAUGGAUCUCCCAUUUGAGGGGUAGAAUCAGCCUUUAAAGUUAGAAAGGUCCCCACAAAAUCAGCCUUCCUUCUCCUUCCCUUUUUGGCAGCACAAAGGGGCCCAGUAGUUCCCCUGCCAUACUCCUGGCUACCAGAGUGAGCAUGUGCCCACUAGCUGGUGGCCGGCAGUGAAGGGUUAGUUGGUGACUUUGCAGGGUUUCUUAGAGAAGGGACAUGGCUUGGAGGAGAUUAAGGGUACUUGUCCUCAGUGAGAUUUCAUGUGGUCCAAAAAAGAGCCUUAAAUCAAGAAUAUUUGUGGUGAAAGUGAGUAUGGGGAAGGGUGGAGAGAAGUUUAGGUUUGUGGUCUGUAAGGUUGGCUCCAUGUUUUGUGCCUGCCCUUGCUCUUGAGGAAGGGCCACACUUGGCUCUGCUGAAAACUGGUAACAGGGCAGAUCAUGGUGAGGUGUUGGGUGUGAGGUCAUGAAACACUUAAGUUCCACCCUUCCCAGUACUCUUCCCCUUUGGAAGCAGUUCCAUAGACAAGGGCAAGCUGUCUUAGGAAGGUGGCUCUGACAUGUCCUUGAGUAUGGUUACAUGUGGCCCAGACACCUUCCCUGGCACUGUCAGUCCAGGCAAAUCCCAGAGCAUCUUGAGCAUGACCCUUACUCCCACAACAGCAGGUUGCUCAAGAGUCCAUGUUUAGUGAAACAGGGUGUAGUUCUUCUUCCACUCUAUGUGGUCUUGUUGUGCAGGUAGGGAGAAAUCAGUAUAGUUAAAGAUUGUGCAGUUCCUAGUGACAGGUGCCAAGAGGUUAUGAUACGGGUUUCUUGGGUCUGAUGUACAGUGUGAAUAAAUGCUUGCAGCUUUUAGCCCUUUUUUGAUCAAUGAAGCACUUUUUUAUUAAUAUUUUUCUUUGUAUGUAAAGGAGGAACCGUAACUCUCCAUAGCUGUACAUAUUACCCUUUUCUCCUAAAAAGGAGUCAGUGCUCCUAUAUUUUUCAUUUUUUUGUCAAAGCAAGAAGUAAAUACUUUAGAAUUGUUAAAUAUAUAAAUAAAACGAAUAAAGUUGAGUGUUCUGCAUGGUGGCA